UCGUUGUUAGUCAGAGAGAGGCAGGGCCCCGUUGAACUUCAAAAACUGGCAGCUCCUCGGUUCUUUACGCCACAGCCUUCGCAGUUGGUAAACAGCCAAAAAGCCUCCUCUGCCGUUUUUCUUGUUACUCCCUCUGUUUCUAUCUCUCUCCCGCUCCCUCGUUCUCUUCGCUCUCUUCCAUUACAUUGAGCUCCUUUCUCAUUCUCCAAACAAACAAUAAAAAGUGAGAGAAAAAACUCAUACACACAUUUUACUUUGAAGUGAAAAGGCAUCGAAAUCUUCGCUUUUUUCAUGGAGUGUAUCUCGCAUGUUUCGAUCGCUGGUCCUAAACUUACUUCUCUUCAUCACUUAAAGCCUUCUCUUCACUUUCAUCGCUCCCGUGGCUUCUCUUUAUCGAAUUAUCACGUUUUCAGGCCGAAUUUGAGUAGAAUCGCUAAGAGAAUUGGCGUCUUUGCUGAGAUUAGCAAGCAGAAUUCGUCGAUUGAUUUUAGCGAUGCUGACUGGAAAAUUAAGUACCAAGAAGAUUUCGAAAGGCGGUUUAAUAUUCCUCAUAUCACAGAUGUAUUUCCUGAUGCACAGCCUAUUCCCUCUACAUUUUGUCUCAAGAUGAGGACUCCACUUUUAGAGGAUUUUGCAGGUGGUUAUCCAUCUGAUGAGGAGUGGCAUGGUUACAUCAACAAUAAUGAUAGGGUGCUUUUGAAGGUUAUAAAGUUCUCAUCUCCAUCAUCUGCUGGAGCUGAGUGCAUCGAUCCUGGUUGUAGUUGGGUAGAACAAUGGGUUCAUUGUGCUGGACCUCGGGAAAAAAGAUUAAUUUACAUUCUAAACUUUAUCAUAUUUUGCAAUGGAUAUGGUACUGAAAACUUGACAGGGUUCAUUGUGCUGGACCUCGGGAAAAAGGUUCAUGAUGUCAUAAGACAGAUUGUAAUUACUCUUGAGAUAUAUGGUGUCAAAAAGAUAGUGGGAAUUCCUUUUGGUUAUCGUGGAUUUUCAGACAAUGACUUGAGUGAAAUGCCGCUAUCGAGGAAAGUAGUUCAAAAUGUUCAUCUUUCGGGUGGAAGCUUGUUAGGAGUUUCACGUGGAUCACCCAGUGUUAGUGACAUGGUUGACAGUAUGGAGGAGAGGGGAAUCAACAUGCUUUUUGUGUUGGGUGGGAACGGUACACAUGCUGGAGCUAAUGCAAUACACAAUGAGUGCCGUAAAAGAAGGUUGAAAGUGGCUGUAGUUGGUGUUCCAAAGACCAUAGACAAUGAUAUUUUGAUGAUGGACAAAACCUUUGGUUUUGACACUGCUGUUGAAGAGGCACAACGGGCUAUAAAUUCUGCAUAUAUUGAGGCACAUAGUGCUUAUCAUGGUAUUGGAGUUGUGAAAUUGAUGGGUCGUAGCAGUGGAUUCAUAGCCAUGCAUGCAGCCCUAGCUAGUGGGCAAAUCGACAUAUGUUUGAUUCCAGAGGUACCUUUUCAUUUGCAUGGGCCUCAUGGUGUUCUGAGGCAUUUGAAAUACCUACUUGAGACAAAGGGAUCAGCUGUGGUCUGUGUAGCAGAGGGAGCUGGACAGAGUUUUCUUCGGAAAACUAAUGCUACUGACGCAUCUGGAAACAUUGUGCUUGGAGAUAUUGGGGUACACAUUCAACAAGAGACAAAAAAAUAUUUUAAGGAGAUUGGUGUCCACGCUGAUGUGAAGUACAUUGAUCCAACAUACAUGAUCCGCGCAUGCCGUGCAAAUGCAUCAGAUGGAAUCUUAUGUACUGUUCUUGGACAAAAUGCUGUCCAUGGUGCAUUUGCUGGCUACAGCGGAAUUACAGUAGGCAUAUGCAACACUCACUACGUCUACUUUCCCAUUCCUGAAGUUAUUUCUUAUCCUAGGGCAGUAGAUCCUAACAGCCGCAUGUGGCAUCGUUGCUUGACUUCAACAGGCCAACCUGACUUCAUAUAAUUACCAAAACCUUCUAAUUUAUGCAAAAGAACUAAAUUUUUAUUCAGUCACAGAAUGCCAGCUUAAGUGGACAUCAAUCAGCUAGAAACUUCUCAUUUUAGGCUGUUCAAAUAAUAGAGGAUUAAUUUUCCUCAAAAUGAGAUAAAUUAUUUAGUGUAUAGUAGUAUUUCAUGUGCCAGUUUUCUGAAUCACCUAGGCACCAUUGUAAUAAGAUGGUAUAGGAAAUUACCCGAGCGAUUCGUGCUCGACUCUGAUCCAUUGUAUAAUUUGCUUGUAACUGUAUUUAUUCAUACAUCAAAAUUUUUGCAGUUCAUUACAUUACUAGACUGAGUUUAUGUAAACUAGCUCGAAUUCCUAUUUAAUUUUAAGAAUCUCUCCUAGAAAUUUGUCA